CCUGGGUUUAUUUAUUUAUUUAUUAUUAUUAUUAUUAUUAUUAUAUUGCGGCUGCGGCAGCCCCAGGGAGUCGGGAGGACGCGCCCGGAUCAUGAAAAGCUGCAAAGGCAUCGAGAACCCGGCUUUCGUCGCUUCCAGCCCAGAAAACCCGCGCCGCCUCUGUGCGUCGUCGCCUUGCAUCGAGAUCUCCGUAGUGUCCACCCCGGACGCGGGCUCGCCGCCGCCGCCGGCGCCUCAGGAGCCCCCGGAGCGCCCCGAGUCGCCUCAGCCCUCGGGGGCUCCCGACGCCUCCCGGCUCGGGUCGCUGUCCGAAUAUGAGGAGGGGCCCUAUGGCUUGGGCAGCUUCCAACCCCGGGCUCUCCAGCGCUGCAACACGCCCCGGGGCUUUCUGUUUCACUACUGCCUCCUGGCCCUCACGCAAGGUAUUGUGGUGAAUGGCCUAGUAAAUAUUAGUAUUUCCACUAUCGAGAAGCGCUAUGAAUUGCAGAGUUCCCUGACGGGCUUGAUAUCAUCAAGCUAUGACAUUGCCUUCUGUUUGCUGUCUUUAUUUGUAUCAUUCUUUGGUGAAAGAGGACACAAACCAAGAUGGCUUGCGUUUUCAUCCUUUAUGAUAGGGCUGGGAGCGCUUGUGUUUUCACUGCCCAAAUUUUUUAGUGGAAAAUACCAAUUUGGGUCCCUUUUCAAAGAUACUUGCUCAACAACAAAGAAUCAACAUGGUUGUAACACUUCAAGUUCUCCACUUUUCUACUACUUGUAUGUCUUCGUUUUGGGACAACUGUUGCUGGGAACAGGAGGAACUCCUCUGUAUACCCUGGGAACAGCCUUUAUUGAUGACUCUGUGCCCAUCCACAAAUCUUCUCUGUAUAUAGGAAUUGGCUAUGCCAUGUCAAUUUUAGGCCCUGCUGUUGGCUAUGUGCUGGGAGGACAAUUGCUAACCCUGUACAUUGAUAUUGAUUUGAAACACAGCAUUGACAUUACUGAGGAUGACCCUCGAUGGCUGGGGGCAUGGUGGAUUGGAUUUCUUAUGUCUUGGCUGCUUGCUUGGUCUUUGAUAAUACCUUUUUCUUGCUUUCCAAAACAUUUACCAGGUACAGCAAAAAUUCAAGAAGGAAAAAUUUCCCAAACUCAUCAGAGUGCUUCCUUACAACAUACAGAUAGUAAUUUUGGACAAAGUUUUAAAGAUUUUCCAGCUGCUCUAAAGAAUUUGAUGAGGAAUACUGUCUUUAUGUGUUUAGUUCUAUCAACUUGUUCGGAAGCCUUAAUUACCACUGGAUUUGCUACCUUUUUACCUAAAUUUAUAGAAAAUCAGUUUGGAUUGUCUUCUAGCUCUGCAGCUACUCUUGCAGGGACUGUUUUAAUUCCUGGAGCUGCUCUUGGUCAGAUUUUAGGUGGUAUUCUUGUUUCGAAAUUCAAAAUGACGUGUAAAAACAUCAUGAAGUUCGCUUUGCUCACAUCUGUAAUCUCACUUGUACUGACUUUUGUGUUUGCUUAUGCCAACUGUGAAAAUGAGCCGUUUGCGGGUGUGUCUAAAUUAUAUAAUGGGACAGGGGAACUGGGAAACUUGACCGCUCCUUGUAAUGCUGAUUGUAACUGCCUGCGAUCGUAUUACUAUCCUGUCUGUGGAGGAAAUGGAGUCCAGUAUUUUUCUCCCUGCUAUGCAGGUUGUACACAAUCCAUCUCCAAAAGACAUGCAAAGGUAUAUUAUAACUGUUCAUGUAUUGAAGGGGAAAUUGAUGUAACACCUACUCCAUCAAGUGUUAGUCUUGAAGCUCAAGCUGGAAAGUGUUCAAGUCAUUGUAAAAACUUGCCCCCAUUCCUUGGCAUUUUCUUUGCUGCAAUUGUUUUUACCUUCAUGGCUGGUACUCCUAUAACUGUGUCCAUCCUCAGGUGUGUUAAUCAAAGGCAGCGAUCUCUAGCAUUGGGAAUACAGUGUACGUUGCUUCGAUUAUUAGGCACCAUUCCUGGGCCUAUUAUAUUUGGCAGUGCAAUAGACAGUACAUGUAUUCUCUGGGAUAUUAACGAAUGUGGGAAUAAAGGAGCUUGCUGGGUUUACAAUAACGUCAAGAUGGCCUAUAUGCUAGUGGCCAUAAGUGUUAUUUGUAAAAUUAUCACUGUUUUCUUCAAUGGACUUGCAGUCUUUUUGUAUAAACCUCCACCAUCAGUCACAGAUGUGGCAUUUCAAAAUCAGAAUGCAGUUGUGACUACGGUUUCAUUAGAAAGUGAUCUCAGCAGAGCAGGGAAUGACGGAUGAAACCGCAAAAGAAAAGAUUGAAAAUUGGCCUGCAUUUGUAAGAGUGCGUAUCACUGCAGCAUUAACUAUCCAAUAUGGACAAUCAUAUUUUAGAAAUUGGUUUUUUUAAUAAUUAAAUGUGUUUCCUGUGUAUGUAUGGACUCUUAAUUUGUUUUUGUUUUAAUAUAAGAAACAGACCUGUGCCUUCAAAGCUCAUCAAAAGCCUCAAAACACACACACACACAUAUAUAGAUGAAAUCCCCAGCUAAUAAACUACUAGAAAGAAAAAGCCAGUGUUUAGUUAACAGUUUAUAUUUUAAAACCAAAGUGAUAUUUCUAUCCCUCUUACAACUUGUUUUAUUUUAAUUAUCAUUGUCAGUAGUUUGGCCUUUUUUAGAAAAUUCAUGGUGUAAAAAUUCAAAUAUAUCUAGUUUAAGUUCUAAGUUUCAAGAACUGUUAUUGAAAGAACAUGAAUUUAAAACCAUCUAAAUAAUAUUAUUUGUUUUUAAAUUUAUAUGUACUAGUCUGUCCUUGAUUUAUUAUAGACAGUUAGUGAACUCUUAGAAUGUUGGUUAAUUAUCUUUUUUGUGUCCCAGUACAUAGUGCAUUCAGAAAUAUUGGCACUCUAUACACAUAUCUCCACUUUAACUCAAGAAUUCCAGGAAGUGAUUUGUUGAUAUUGCUGAUUUUUAACAUUUUUAUUAUUCUGUGAUAGUAUUAUUCAGUUCCAUGUCUUCCAGAGGAAGGUGCCAGCUUCAGUAAAGUGCCAAUUAGAUAGGAAAAGAUUUCUUUUUUUAAAAAAAAUGGCUUAUGUCCAUUUUAUUGAUUUUCUUUGAAAAGCUUUCUUCAUGAACUAUGAUCAGUGUUUAUAUACUCAGUAGCUCAACUUUUGUUGUUUGAAAAACGGAUCACCUAGUACAUUACUUAUAGCACAUAAGUAGCGCUUUGCUUAUCGUAGGCAUGUAUUAUUGUUUGGUUAAAACAUUAAACUCUACUUUUAACUGAUCUGUUUAUUUAAAGAUUAAGUAUUUCACAUAUAUAGCAUUAUAAUUCCAUUUUUUUCAGCUCAGACUUUGGCCAACUUUGUGUACUCAGAAUUGUGGAGGACAUACAUCAAUAAAAAUAACUUCUACCUGGUCAAGAGCUGUACUGAUUAAGAAAAUUGUUGAAGUUCAUACCCAUUUGAAAUUUCAUAAAAUAAGGUUACUGGUUUAAUAAGACUCAUUAUCAGCUUUUUCCUAGGUUAGCUGUUUACAAUCAGUGUUUUAUUGAGUAACGAAAUGGGUAAAGGCCUGAUAGGAGAGCAGGAUCAGAAGCACUAGUAAUUCACAGAGUUUUGAAGAAUUAUAUUUUGUGGUAAUUGGUGGCCAGAGGCGAUUCAAGAAUUGAGUAGCUUUAUAGAUUGAGAUGCAGGGAGGAAUGAAUUUGAAGUGAGGCAAGCAAGCACACAUGAAUAUUAGGGAAUUGGAGGAGCUGUGGGUCACCCAUCAGAGAGACAGAUCUACUUAAACUAGGAACACGUAAGCACUAAAGGCUGAAGCCAGAAUGGGUGGUCAAAAACCCAGGUGCUUGAGAAACAGGAAAUGCAUAACAACCAAAGAGACAGUUCAAGGUAGCCAGGGGAACAAACAUGUGAUACUCCUAGUUCAGAAGCGGUCUCCCUCCUACCCAGCUAGACACAUUUUAGAUUCUUAUUUUUAUUUUGGCUGUGUGGGUCUUCGCUGCUGCUGAGGCUCUUCCCUAGUUGCUGGGGGCAGGGCCCCCUCUCCAGUGGCAGUACUCAGGCUUCUCUGGGGUAGCUUCUCUUGUAGAGCAUGGCCUCCUGCAUGCACUUAAAUACUGCAGACCCAGGCUCUAGAGCAGAGGCUCAACAGUUGUGGUGGACGGGCUUCGUUGCUCCGUAGCAUGCAGGGUCUUCCCGGACCAGGGAUGGAACCCAUGUCGCCUGCAUUGGGAGGCGGGUUCUUUAUGGGUCACCAGGGAAGCCCCACUCAGACACUUUUUAAAUGCUUCUUAGAGCCAAGGCUGACGGGAGAGUUUAGGCUUUCUAUAUCCUGUGUGUGGGGCUUCCACAGUGGCUGAGUGGUAACGAAUCUGCCUGCCAAUGCAGGAGACAUGGAUUCGAUCCCUGGGUUGAGCAGAUCCCCUGGAGAAGGAAAUGGCAGCCCACUCCAAUAUGCUUGCCUGGAAAAUUCCAUGGACAGAGGAGCCUGGUGGGCUUCAGUCUAGGGCGUCGCAAAAGAGUCUGGCACGACUUAGUGACUAAACAACAGCAAUCCUAUAUGUGGAAGAUGGGAGUUGAGUGGAAACAUUUUCUAGACGUAAAAUAACGGCAAAUCCUCAAGAACUCAUUUAUAGAGUGGAAACAAAAACUAUAAAACAUAUUAGUCUAAAGCCACUUGAGAGAAGAGAAAAAAAAUCACGCCACUCAGGAACAGUUGAAUAAGUCACUAAAUGAUUGGCAUUCACAAUGAUUUUUAGUUAUCAAGGGUUUCAUUGUGUUCAGCAUACUCAAUUUUAGUAGAUGAUAAACAUUUUUACAAAAUUUUAAUGAAAGUGAUUAAAAAUAAUUUUGGCACUUAAAAGAAGUCAGACUCAUUUAUAACAUACAUAUUUACAAAGAAUACCUCCUCUUAUGCUAGGGCAAUAUAGACACUACUAUAAUUUUUAAACAUUGUUUAUUCUUUUGGAGUUACCUAGAUUAUAUGAAUUGGUAUUAUGCUACUUUUAGAACAUAAUUUUUUAUAAUAUGUAUUUUUCACAAUUUAUAAUGAUUUUUAAGUUUGUAAUUUGGUGAUUUUUUUUGUACAUAAUUGAAUAUAUGUCUUAAAAUUUAACAUUUGAAUUUUCUUAAUUAUAGGAAAUACAAAUGUAAAACCUUUACAUAUGGAAGAACUGUAUAAUUGUUUACCUGUGUAAAUUGGAAGAAAAUGCAAAUAAAAUUUUAGCUCUA